AUGGACGAGGCCACCGACAUCAAAGUGGAAUUUAUUCCAAGCGGUCGAAAAGGAUUCGGGAAAACGAUGGUAUUGAAGCAAUAUCAAUAUCAGCAUCAACGUCGCUAUCUCCCAGCCGGAGAAACCGAGUACAAGUUCUAUUGGCGCUGCUGCAACCGCGAUUGUCCGGUACGAGUGGCUACCCGUGAGGACGGGACGCUACUGAGCGCAGUUGCUGAUCAUGCGCAUGAACCGCCGCUUCGCAGGGUGGCGAGUGAGCGUCUCAAAGACACAAUCCGAGAAGUGAUCGCGGUGCUGCCCGGGAUGUCGGCCACAAGUAUCGUUUCGGCCUCACUCCUCGGCUUCCAAGAUGGUGUUCCCCAACCUAGUGUCGUCGGACUCGAACAAUUUGCGAGACGCGAAAAGCGGAAAUUACGAAGACAUGGAGAAAACGAACAUCGCGCUCCACCAGCCAAAUCUCUGGAAAUUUCUCGAUCAUCUGAUGAAGUUCACGGCCAAGCAGGAGAGGAUCCUGGAGCUGGCGGCGCACGGGGGACCGCCGAGAAAACAGAAAAAAGAGAAAUCACUGAAGUUUUGUUUGACCUA